UUUGGAGUAUAUUUAAAAAACCAAAGCGGCACAAACGAAUUUUUUUACCAUACAAACGGAGCACAAAUGAUUGAGACUAUUUUGCUGACGUUUUGCGUUGGGUGGAGGGCCAACUUCACGGAGGUACUCUUUAGUAUGUGACAUCAGUAGAAAAAUGUCAGUAGUUUCUGAAGAAUAUCAAAAAUUGUGAUGAUAAACAACUUUAGUAUUUGAUAAAACAUGCACUGAUGAAUAGUUAUAUUGCAUUAAAGUAAUUUAUUCAUUAAACAAUUUAUUUUACCUUUUUUGAUCAAUUACUGAUGGAUCAAUCUCUGCUGCUAAUAAAAAAAUAAAAAAAUAAAAAAUUAACAGGAUACAGUAAUACAAUGUGAAGCUAUUUUUACAUCCCAAUAUGUUAUUUUGAAACAUCUGACUUCUUUUUAGUUUAGCUGGAUUGUUCUUGUCCCAUGCAUCCAUGUUCUAGAGGAGAGAAAGAGAAGGACAGAAAAAGGGAGGAGAUGGAGCAAGAGGGGAGGGAAAUGUCCUUGUGCAAAUAUCCUUAUGUUUUUUUAAGGAAAACCCACACGGUCAGAAGCUUCCAUAAGCCUUUCAGGACAACACAGAGGCAGCUAUUUUUCUUUCACAACUGUAUUGGUCUUUAUUUAUUUUGCAUACCUGCAGCUUGAAGUGUUGGUGUCAAAGUGCAUCAGAGAAAGGAAGUAACACCAGCGGUCUUUAAAGGAAGUAUGUCACUCUCUCUGCACUUUGUUUUUCUGCUCCUGACUGCUCUUUGGGGCAGCAGUUGCUUUGCCAAGCCAGCCCCAUUCAACGUGUCCAUGGAGGGUAGUGGGGGUGAACCCGAACUCAUCUUUCCCAUCGCUCGUACCACCCAUGUUCCUCCAUCCCCCUCGCCACCUCCCAACAUAACAGCUACUUUCAUCCGCAUCAAAGACUUCCUUUUCAACCAGGUGGUGGACUUCCUGAAGGAGAACUUGCUUCUCAUCAUAGUCGUGACAUCUCUGUUGGUAGUCAUCAUCUUCAUCGUCUGCUGUGCUUCAGCGAUGAGCCACAAACGCAAGCUUGAGGCCUACUAUCCUCCAAAGACCUACACACCCAGGAAAUACAUGAGCCAAUCUAGUAAAGCUGUGGAGAAACCACAUAACCAGAUUCAGGAUGGUAAGACGACAACUGCAAAGACCCUACGAGAACCCACCAAAGCAUUGGUGGGUGAGAAAGAUGGAAAAGACCCCCGGCCAAAGCCGAAAGAGGUCCAAAAGGUGGAGGAUGUUGAAGUGGUGGAGAUGCAGAAAGAUGAGCCCAAAAAGAAAGAGGAGCCUCAGCCUACCACCUCAAAUGUCACCUCCAGUCAGCCGCUGGUCUGUACGUGCCACCUCAGAAAGGCCAAUCACACCACAGCGUGAGAGCUUUUUCUGUACCUGCAGGAAUGAGCUUGAUUCCAAACUUUUUCUACUGUUAGAUAUAAAUCUUUUGGUAGAUAUCAUGCCCUCACUUCUUUGUGCUCUUCUUGCUUUUGCAACCUGUGUAUGACCCAACUGUAUGUAUCAUCAGAGGAAGAGUGGGAAAAAAAUGUUUGUUCAACUAAUUGUCUGUUUCUUAAAUUUGUUUGCUAAAUAAAAAAAAAGUUGACAGUUUUAUUAUUCAUAUAGAAAAUAAACAACACUUGAAAUUAUUUUACACUUGAAAAGAAAAUGUCUUUUGGAACUUUUUUCUGACCACUUUCCUUAAACUUUACAAAUGAAAUAUGUAUUAUUUAUAUGCAUGGUAAUCCAUAAUGUAUGCUGUAUUUUCCCAAAGCUGUUAUCAGGUGUUGUACAUGAUGACUGUUAUUUUAUCUAAAUUUCAUGACUUUCCUCAGUAUUGGAUUUAUUUAGCUAAUAUUUUGUCAGGUAUGUUUAACUGAUUUAAAAAAAAAAAAAAAAAUACAAAAAAAAUAAACUUUCCAAAAAUUGGAACCUGGCUGUGUGGAGAAUUGUGGCAUCUACUACUUUAAUGAUCCCAACUAGAGAUAUCAAACUCACUCCUCGGA